AUGUCCGCUCAUGAGAAAGAGCUGCUCCUCGAGGGCGAUUGCGAUGAUGCUAGUAGUAGUGUCACUAGCUAUCAUGAAGUCACGAGUUACGUGAAGCCAUCCUCUCGCCGCUGGUGGAUCUGCGCCAUCGCGGUACAAGUCGUGCUCAUUACCAUCUACACUGCCAUCUCCUACGCCGUAAUUCGCCAGAACGUCGGCCCAGAAUCUGAUACUGAUAUUCAUGCUUUCGCGGGCCUGGACGUGCGUUACAAGUUCCGCCUGUACGACAACUUCGUCAACAGUCCCUACGCAGGGGAGCCGACGCCCGAGAGUGACGCAGCGUGGCACACACUUCUCAACAACAUGAGCGUGCGCGUGACGGGUGACGAGCUGGCACGGCAUAAUCAGACGUCAGUCGCGCUCCCCGGUGGUGGCUACCUGGCAUGGUUGGGUGUCUUCCAUGAGCUUCACUGCGUCAAGAUGCUGCGGCAGUGGAGUUGGCGCGAGCACUACUUCCCCAACAUGACGGCGCACGAGCACCGGCACCAGAUGGUCCACAUCGACCACUGUCUCGACUGGCUGCGCAACGCGGCCAUCUGCGGCGCCGACACCAGUGCCUUGGCGGUCUUCAAGUGGGACGAGAAGCUCCCGCACCCGAUGCUCAACACCAAGCGUGUCCCGCAUCGGUGUGUGGACUGGGAUGCUCUGACCAGGUCGCAUGAGGAUCGUGUGGUUAGCCGCGAUGAGAUUGUGAGCCUGAAGAACCCUCUUUUGGAGGGGAACGGAAAUGAUGGCGAGGAGGCUGUUGACAAGCUGCCGUGGACGAGCAUGGGCGAGGAUGAUGCAUAG